GUUGGCUGAGGCGGAGGAACAAGAUGGCGGCGCCGGCAGCGUGACCGGGCCCUCGGGCCCACAGCCGUUGGCAGCGGUGGCAGCGGUAUCGCUGCCACAACUCCCUGUGCCCCCUUUCUCAGCCCGCGACGUCGCCGCGACAGCGAGGCAGCGACCGCCACCCAGAAAGAGGUGGUGGCCCAGCCUGGCAACCUUGAGAAACCCUCGAAAACUGUGGCCUGGCGGAAACCCUGGUGUGCUCUGGGGAUCAGGCUGACUCCAGGCCCUGUAACACCCAGAGAGGCCUCGGUGGCCAUUUCCAGCAGCCCUCACCCUCAGGCUUGUGGGGCUGGCGGGCCCGGAGGCCUCCAUCCUCCCCUAGAGGGGUCAGGGCAGAGCCCAGCCUCCAUCUUUGCCUCUCAGGAUGGCAAACAACAGCGGCUCCAAGGCCGAACUCGUUGUGGGAGGGAAAUACAAACUGGUGCGGAAGAUCGGGUCUGGCUCCUUCGGAGACGUUUAUCUGGGGAUCACCACCACCAACGGCGAGGAAGUAGCAGUGAAGCUGGAAUCUCAGAAGGCCAGGCACCCCCAGUUGUUGUAUGAGAGCAAACUCUACACGAUUCUUCAAGGUGGGGUUGGCAUCCCCCACAUGCACUGGUAUGGUCAGGAAAAAGACAGCAAUGUGCUAGUCAUGGACCUUCUGGGACCCAGCCUCGAAGACCUCUUUAAUUUCUGUUCAAGAAGGUUCACCAUGAAAACUGUACUUAUGUUAGCCGACCAGAUGAUCAGCAGAAUUGAAUACUUGCAUACAAAGAAUUUUCUACACCGAGAUAUUAAACCAGAUAACUUCCUGAUGGGUACUGGGCGCCACUGUAAUAAGUUGUUCCUUAUUGAUUUUGGUUUGGCCAAAAAGUACAGAGACAACAGGACCAGGCAACACAUACCGUACAGAGAAGAUAAACACCUCAUUGGCACUGUCCGAUAUGCCAGCAUCAAUGCACAUCUUGGUAUUGAGCAGAGCCGCCGAGAUGACAUGGAAUCCUUAGGCUACGUUUUCAUGUAUUUUAAUAGAACCAGCCUGCCGUGGCAAGGACUAAAGGCUAUAACAAAAAAACAAAAAUAUGAAAAAAUUAGUGAGAAGAAGAUGUCCACCCCUGUUGAAGUUUUAUGUAAGGGGUUUCCUGCAGAAUUCGCCAUGUACUUGAACUACUGUCGUGGGCUGCGCUUUGAGGAAGUCCCAGAUUACAUGUAUCUGAGGCAGCUAUUCCGCAUUCUUUUCAGGACCCUGAACCACCAAUAUGACUACACAUUUGAUUGGACGAUGUUAAAGCAGAAAGCAGCACAGCAGGCAGCCUCUUCCAGUGGGCAGGGUCAGCAGCCCCAAACCCAGACAGGCAAGCAAACUGAAAAAAACAAGAAUAAUGUGAAAGAAAACUAAGCAUGAAUGAGGAACAGAAGAAGCAGAGCAGAUGAUUCGAGCAGCAUUUGUUUCUCCCCACAUCUAGAAAUUGUAGUUCAUAGGCACACUAGCUAGUGGCUGUGGACGACCAUUUACUUGGUGUGAAAAACUUUAUUUCAAUAUAAACUGACUCUGGGGAGCAUGGGUGAUGCUGUAUCCCAAGGCGUAGCCGCUGUAAUUGUGAAUAUUAACUGAGGUAGUGAAACAUGGUGUCUGGUUUUCUAUUGCAUUUAUUCAAGUAGAAAAAUUAACUAAAUGGUUGACACACACGAAUUGGUGGAGACAUUGUCCAUAUGCCAAUUUUUUUGUUAAAACCUUUUAUUUUGAACUAGACUGCUCUGAGAUCUCAUUUCAGAAGAACAGUCUUCAGCCACAGCUGUGAAGGUUGUAAAUGCUUACAAUUGAGCAUUUUUAGGGUUUCUCCAUCCCUGGAGUCUGCAAAUUGUUCACACUAAAAGCAUUCUUAAAAUGGUUGGCUUCUUGUUUGCAAGCCAGCUGAUCUGGUAGCAACCAAAAAUUCCAGUUUUGAGAAUAGGAAAGAUACUGCCUGCUUACCUGUGAAGACGUAAGAAAAUCUUAGUAACUACCAGAUAAUCUUUAGAAUUCCACACUAACUUUAUCAUGUUUUCAGUAUUAUAAAAACAACAACAACAACCAUAUUUGUCACAGAAAUUUAGUUAACAUCUUACAACUGAACAUGUAUGUACAUUGUUUAGAUAAAUGUAAUCACUGUAAACACCUAUAUGAUCUGCGAUUUUGUUCAUAUUUUGAAAUGGGAGCUUUUAUGUUUUACAAGUUCACUAAAAACAAAACCGUUUCCGUAAGGAAAUGAUACUUUUUUAAACAACCACCAAAAAAUGCCUUGCUGAUUCACUAGGAAAUAAAAAUCUCCCCAAUUUUUUGCUGGUCAACUUAAAGUCAUUUGUUACAUGAUAUUCCUUUGCAAGUAAAUUUUAUUUCAUGACA